AACGCUGAAAUUUUGCAUUUCAUUACAGUGAUAAAAGUCGCGGCCGGCUGUUCUGUUGAAACUAAAUUCAUUCUACGCAUUCAGUAACAUCUUUUCACGAAUUGAUAUUUAUUUUUUUGAUCAUCGAAGCUACGAUAAAUCAAAAUGGCAACAUGGAUUGCAUUGGAAUCAAAUCCAGAGGUGCUCAGUAAAUACGUCCAUAAAUUGGGUGUUUCACCUCUAUGGAGCCUUAUCGAUGUGUUUGGGUUGGAACCAGACCAGUUGGAAUGGCUUCCAAAGCCGGUUAAGGCGUUGAUUCUUCUGUUUCCAUGCUCGGAUAGCUUCGAACAGUACUCGAAGCAACAAGAUGCUGAGCUUCAAGCAAAUCCACCAAAGGUUCCCGAUGGCAUUUUCCAUUUGAGACAAUACAUUCGCAAUGCUUGCGGUGCCAUCGCCUUGGUUCAUAGCGUGUCUAACAAUCCAGACAUUGAGGUUGAAGAGGGCAGCAUUUUGAAAAAGUAUUUGGAUCAAGCACGCAGUUUGACAUCUGAAGAGCGUGGAAAAUUGCUCGAGAACGACGCAUCGUUCUCGCAAGCUCAUCAAGAGCUAGCGAUCGAAGGUCAAACGGACGCAAACUCCGGCGAGCCGGUGAAUCAUCAUUUUGUUGCAUUUGUCAAUUUCAACAAUGAACUCUUCGAGUUGGAUGGACGCAAGUCGUAUCCAAUCCCACACGGUGCCACCAGUGAUGACUCAUUUCUAUUGGACGCCGCCAAAGUAUGUAAGGCUGCUAUCGCACGCGAUCCAGAAGAUGUUAACUUCAGUGUUAUUGCUUUGGCUCCAACUCAGGAUUGAAGUGUUUAUUAAAACAGCAUAUAUACGUCAAACAUUUGCACUGUGUUAAAUCAAGCAUUCCGAAUGCUUUGAUCCAUUUUUCAAACAAAAAAAUGUGCUAACGAAAAAAACUAAACACAGAAACAACAAUUUUUGAUGUGCAUUUACAUGGCUUGAUAAUUCAAUUAUAUGGCAAGCAUGAAACCGACCAAAACCAAAAUAAGCUUAUACAUUUUAGCGAUUAUAUUUUAUGCGCUGGCAAACACAUGAGCAUUCGUUUCUAAAAACAAUUUCAUAUAAACAAUUUUUUUGUCGAAUCAAAUUCAAUAAAUAAAAGGCAUUCAGCUGUGAAAAUA